UGGGUCUCCCUCAGCUUAGGGUCCUUGAUCAACGUGGGAGACACGAAAACUGUGAUGUUAUUUUGAACAGUCUGAUUAAUGUGGCACCGAGAAACGGUGGUCAUUUUAUAUUGUUUUUGUUGACAGUGGUAAAGUUACGAAUACCACCAUGAUGCCGGGAGACAGUCUGUCUAAAAUGGCAACAAUUGCUGCGGAUGCGGCCAUUGGAAACUGCGCAAAUUGUUCUAUUUUGCACCAGAGCCUGACAGAAUAUGUGUCGUCAUUUCUGGCACUUAAACAGAAGAUACUAAUUUCAGACGACACAGUCAGGCUUCAACAACAGCUGAAAGAACUGCAGAUCCAGUUGAUCACACUGGAGAAAAAGACUUCAGAUUAUGAUUCUAUACAGGCAGAGCUGGAAGAAAAGAUGCAUGCUAUAGAGGCGUAUGAACAGCUUUCUAAAGAGAUGGAAGAAUUAAAGCAGGAGAACAGUGACAUUGUGGCCAAGAGUAAGACGCUUGAAGACCAGAUGAAAUGUGUGAAUGAUUUGACAGAACAACAGUCACAGGAAAAUGCACAACUGAAGAGAGAAAAAUCUGCUGUUGAAAAUGAGUUGUUAAAAUCUCAGGCGUCUUUGAACAAAUGUCAAGCAGAAGUGGAUAAAGCUGAGAAGUUGAGGGAAGAGAAUGACAAACUGACAAACGUGAAGGAUAAUCUUGAAAAUAAAGUGAGACAGCUUGAAGACUCAAUUUGCCAAAAAAAUCAUCAGAUAAAUCAUUUAACCAAGGAGAAGCUUAUGCUAGAAAACAACAUUUAUGACCUCCAGGACAGACUAAAGAAACUGGAACGAGAGAGAAGUAAAGAAUGUAGAAGCACGGUAACUCAAACAAGAGCACCCGCAGAACCGAAAGUAGACAAAGAAAAGGUACGAGUGCUGCUGCAAAGUUUAUGGUCGUGUGUGGAGCCAGAGACAGAGCAAUCAGCAAACCUGUUGCAUUUGCCUGAGCCCAUUUCUAAACACGUCCUCCGCUCGUCUCCAAAAGCCAAACAGAAAUCUAACCCAAGUAGAAUUUCACUCUCUGCUUCUCAGACGAGCAGUGGAGCCGACAGCCACCUCAUCCAGGCCAAAGCCUCCGACACACCGUCAAACUCGUCUCCUCAGAGAGAGGACGUCACCAAGCACCAAGCUUCUCCUCAGCGCUUCAGUGGCAAGAAAGGCACAGGCGAUUGCAAUAAAAGAAAACGAUCAUCCAAGCAACAAAAACUUGAAGAUUCACUCCCCAAAAAUAACAACACUCCUGAAGUUUCUUUUGAUGCAAUAUUGGAAUUGUUUAAGCCAAUGCCUCCCUGCAUAUCUCCACUACAAGACCUGGAGGAGGUGGCAGGAGUUAUAGAGCUGGAUAGUGGAGACAAGAAAAGCCAUCCUGAAUCAUUUGAAGAUUCCCAUUUUCUCAAACCAGAAGAAUCCGUGGAUACCAUAUCACUAUCAACCCACAACAGUCCAAAAUCUGUACUUCAGAAACAGAAGAAUGUGGAUUUGAUGGAUGUUACAACACAGGAAUACCAACAUGUUUCCAAAGAAAAGGACUUGGAACAAAAUAGGUUAUGUGCUGUUGCUAAUCAAACAGAUAAACCUCAUAAAAACUGUGAAAAAGGCACGUUGCCAAAGGAGAAGACAGCAUCGUUAUUGUCAUCUUCUUCUGUUAAUGUUGAAGAUUCCCAUUUAAAUGCUGAAAGUCUAAUAGUUUCAUGUAUUAGGAGUACUAACAGCAGUGGAGCUGACAAUGAUUUUGAAGUUGCAAAACAAGAUCAUUUGGACAAUGAUACAAACAUGGAUAUUGACUCAAUCUUCUCAAGUAGCUCUCUUGAUACUGCCGUGGUCACUGCUGAUGGUGAAGAGUCAAUCGGAGGACGUGACGCAGUCGCGAUCUCAGGAGAAACAGAAAAUGUGGUUUCAAAAAGCAGUGAGUCCUUCUUGGACGACGGUGUGACCAAAAAUGUCCCAGAAGUUGAAAAAAGUCAUCUGGAUUCUUGUCAGAGCAGUGCUGAUACCACUGCAUUGAAACUCCCAGAAAAUACAGAAUGGCCAGAGUGUACUCAAUCAAGCAGCAGUGACAGCACAAGUGGUGUCUCCAAUAUAAACCUGGAAGAGAUGCUGGAAAACACUGAUGGUAUCCAGGUUUGUGGGGAGACAGAUGGAAUUGCGGCACAGAAAACCGCAAACAUCGAUGUUACAGUCUCGGAUCCAAACAUUCACAGUAAACUUACAAGUUUCAACAAAUCUCCAUUGUUUAGGAAGAACACAGAUGAGCUCCAUUCUGACGAGGGAUAUACUGGUUCCAGUUCUGAAACUCUUUUACAAAUGGAUGUUGAGACAGAGAAAACAAUCAGUGAAGCCACGUCUAAUAGCGCACCUUUAGUUUCGAAUUCACCAGAAGAAGUGACUGUCGAUUGUACAUCAUUUGAGAAAAAUACACAUUCUGUUUGUAGACAGUUGAGUCCAAUGUGCCUUUUACCUAUUGUAGAACCGCAGACUUUGAUGCCUGACCCAGAAAAAUGUAAUUCUGAUGUUGACAUAGAACAUACAGUGAAAAACGAAGAGACUCCCAUUCCACAUGAAGACAUAAUGGAAACGGAGUCUGUCAAACAGCUUUCUCUGGCCAGCACAGAGUCGGGUUGUACUUCCUCAUGCAUUAAAGAGACUUCUGCCACAGAUGGACAACCUGAAUGUUCAGACACACAUGAAACAAUGCAUGAAGUGCAAAGUUCACCUACGAAUAUUGAAGGAAAAUGUAGCUCAGAAGGAGUUCCAGCUGCCGCUCAAGCCCCAGAGUUUAUCGGACACGUUCGCUCAGAAAUGGGCCCCCCACUUCCACCUGUCCUGACCCCUCUGAGCACACCUCCAAAGGCAGGCAAAUCAAUCAACCCAAGGCAUGCAAUAGGAAAACUGUCAUUUCCUUCACCCAUGGAGCGUGUGGCUUCACCUACCACUCCCACCCAGGUCCACAUAGUACCCAACAGUGAAGAGGUAAUUUCCUCCUCCCUUAACAGCCCCACCCCUUCAAGCGGAGUCCUCUCAUCUCCUCUGCAGUUCGGCUCUGCCACUCCGAAACACGCGUUGCCUGUUCCUGGCCGCCUGCCCUCUAAAGCACAUCAUUCUCCCCCAUCAGCUUCUGCCAGUCCGCCUCAGGAAAACUCAAUGAGGAUCCUCGACUCCAUGUAUCCAGAGCUUUCGGCCCGUGCCCGGACUCUGAGCAUUCUCAGAGGAAACGUCGGCCUCAACAUCGGUUCAUCAGAGAGCGGAACGCUGCCCACGACAUCUGAUAAUCAGGCGUCAGGCUUUAAAACCAUCAGCUCUUCUUCCACAGCCUUCACAAAGACCGAGAUGAGGGGAGAAAAAAGACCGGCCGUCAGUUUGCCUCAGCCUGAUAAACGGAAAUGCCCAAAGCUUGGAAGCAGUUCUGCUGACGUUACUCAUGAGCAGGUGCCUUCUCUGACCAAGAGCAGUGGAGGAGAAACCACCUCGCCCCAGGCUCCAAAUAUUGACCAGUUCAAAAGUAGCACACCACCACUGUCUGCACAAGCUGCUGAGCAAGACCUUCUAGUGAAUGCUUUAGAGAAAAUUAAGAACCAAUGUUUUGAUUUGCUGCCUGUUGUUAAGAGCCACCUUUAUGUUGGCAAUCUGCCCAAAAAGCCUGUUCUGAGAGAUGAAGAGAAGGAGGUCAUCUCGGAGAUUUGCAAAUGUAGCUCGUCUCAGGUGGAUGAUAUGAUUAUGGCCAUCUUAAACAAACUGAAGUCUGAAAAAACUGUUCUCAGCUCAAACUACACACAAGCCCUCUGUAGAGUCUACACGGCUAUCUGUAGACAGAAGAAAUGGUGGGAGAAGGCUCACAUCCUGGCCUACAGCAUUCUUAUUGAAGAUUUUCCAGAUUCUGCCAAACUAGUUUUAUUUAUGGUGACAACGUGGCCCACUGUCCUCUCGCACAGCAGCUUGCUGUGCCAGGCCAUUCACAGCAUUACCAGACUGAAAGCACAAGAAGAGCUUCUGAGCUGCCUUUCAACGUUUCUUAGAUGGGAAAAGAAUCCUUCCUGCAACAUUGAGGAGCUGAUUUUCAGAACACUCACUGAGCUCCAGUCAGGUUCAAAUCAGUCUUUUACAAAACACACUCGUUAUGGAGAAGACCUGGGAGCUGAAGCCUGGGAACAAAUUUUCACACUGCACAUCCUGUGUUCACAGAAGAAGUGGAAAUGGACCUAUGAACACGUACUGAGCAAUGUGUUAUGGCCAAUAAUGAACACUUGGGUGACACAGCCAAGAGAUCGACAAGAACCCGUCUCUGAUAUGACGGUGGCUACUGUUCUCCGACUCAUAGGCCGCCUCUGUCAGUUGGGCCUGAAAGAGAUUUGUGUGUCAUCUGUGGACACUGUGGCUAACAUCAUCAACACAUUUUUAAGGCACGGACAGACUGAAGGUGUUCCAUGGGAAGUCCAGUUAGCAGCUGUCUACUGCAUCUAUGACCUGUCUCCCUGCAACCCUAAACAAGCCCUGGAAGCCCUGGCGGAGUGGAGAGGAGAGAUAACUCAGCACGUCCCUCCUGCUGUCACCAGUUGCAUUAAUCAAAUAGCGUCUAUUGGUCGACAGGUCAAGAGCUGAAAAUGAAUAUUUUAAAGACAGGACAGGUACCACAAUAUUUAAGUUUACAGCCUAAGAUAUAAUCAGGGAUCACACAGCCAUGAUUUGUGCUUUCUGUAAUACAGGAAGUCUGGAGUGUCAUCUUUUUAGAAAAUCCUUAUUCCAACUAAAUUGUUUCAGGUAUUGUCAGACUUCUUCAUCGUUUGUUUGUUUGUUUGUUUGUUUUUUUUCGUUAGUUUUUUAAAUGCACCUGUCUUUAGUAUAGUUUUUUUAAUGCACCUGUCUUUAGUAAUUCUGUAUUUUCCAAUUUUGUAGCAAACAUUUUUUAUGGGAGAUCCAGAAAUUUAUUUUGCAAAAAAUUUAUUCAGCGUUAUCCUGUAAGACUGUACUAGCAUCGUGUCUUGCCUCUUUAAUAUUCUCAGGUAAUGCUAUGACAUAUUGUACAACAUAAACAUGUAAAAGCUUAUUGAGGAGCUGCUGUAAAUAUAUAGUGUUAGUGCUUGUGUUCUAAACAAGUCAAAUUGUACAGUUUAUUUCAAAGACUUAUUUUUUCAAAUAAUAUUUUUCUGUACAAACAGAGUCAAGUUGUCUUAUUGUGUGGUUUAAAAUCAUUGGCUUUUCUUUAAUUCCACAUUAAGCUUCACCUCAGAAGGAUGGAGCAGAACUUGCCAAAAAUGUUGAGAUUAGACAUUUUUAAAACAUUUUGCAAUAAACCUCACAGCUCACACAAAGUGACCACACAGUACACAAUUACACCAACAGGGCAGGACAGGACAAAUUAAUUUUGAUUUUUCAUUUUCUAACAAAAAAAAAAUCAAACUUAGUGCCCUGUUAUUUUUUUUUUAACAGCCAGAAUGUUUAAUUUCAACUUUUUCAUUUUGUCAGUGAAUGCAUCACUUCAAAAUAAACUAUUUUAUAUUACUCUACCACAACCAGGUCUGAACAUAAUGCUAUAAAAAUAAAAUGGCCCAUCUACAGAAGUCUAUUUAGUUUUUAAGAAUCAUUAAAUAUUCUUGGGAUGUUUGUAACUGAAGUGUUUAUUUUCAUGAAGAUUUAUUGAUCUGUGAAAACUGGAAAUACACAUCAUGGAGUUGAAUGAAGUCCAGUGUUUCAUGUCUUCUGAAAUGAAAUGAAAACAUAUUAAGACUGUAAAAUGUUUUAACGUGAGAAAUGUACAAAACAUAUUUCUUUAAAUGUGCUUACAAAAUUUUAAUAGAUGCACUCAAACCCUUCACAAAUCUUGUUUCUGAAUUAUAGCAAAACAUAAACAGUCCCAAAUAGCA